ACUCUAUAUUCCUCGAGUGUUGGGACUGAAUUUGUGCUGUUCCUGACAGUGUCCUCAGCACUUACUGCAGUACCUGACACAUAGCAGGUGAUAGACAAUACACAAAUAUCAAUUGGAUGUAAUCAACAGUAUCUCUGCAUUAGCCAGGUUGGACAAAUGUGAAGAGAGACAUCACUGUAUUUGGAUCAUCAGGUUGUGCUUAAAGAAGACUAUAAGGGAAGAACAUAUUUUCUUCUUGCCGCAAACAUUGCAGUAGAAGAUCUGUGAAGGUUUGAAAGGGCCAAUGAGUAUUCUCAUCAUUGAGGCAUUCUAUGGUGGGUCCCAUAAACAGCUGGUGGAUCUGCUUCAAGAAGAGUUAGAAGACUCUGUCCUUCAUACCCUGCCUGCAAAGAAAUGGCACUGGAAAGCAAGGACAUCAGCUUUGUACUUCUCUCAGAACAUUCCCACCAGUGAGCGUUACAGGAUCCUCUUUGCAAGCUCAGUGCUUAACCUGACAGAACUGGCUGCCCUUCGACCUGACCUUGGGAAAUUGAAAAAGAUUCUGUACUUCCAUGAGAACCAAUUGGUGUAUCCUGUCAAGAAAUGUCAGGAGAGGGAUUUCCAAUAUGGAUACAACCAAAUUCUCUCCUGCCUGGUGGCUGAUGUGGUGGUAUUCAACUCAGUUUUUAAUAUGGAGUCAUUUCUCACUUCUAUUGGAAAAUUCAUGAAGUUGAUUCCUGAUCACAGACCCAAGGAUCUGGAAAGCAUCAUCAGACCCAAGUGCCAAGUUAUUUACUUUCCCAUCAGGUUUCCUGACGUGAGCAGAUUCAUGCCCAAGCACAAAGCGGCCCAUUUACGGAAGAUACUCAGCCUCACAGAAAACAAUGGCACUGCUCCAUCCACGGCCCUUCCUUUCCAGCAGGAGCUGAGAGGUUCUGAGAAUUUAUUGAAGAGUUUUGAUUCAAAGUCUGGCCCCUGUGACGCUGCACGACAAGAAAGCCUGGGUUGCUCAGAAAGGCAGGAGUCAUCCUUGAAAACAUUCAACUCCUCAGAUGAUUCAAGCACCCAUCGUGGGGAACAUAAACAAAAUCAGUGUGGCAUUUUGGCUGAAGCUGAUGAUCAACAAAGACCAUUACAUAUUGUCUGGCCUCACAGGUGGGAGCAUGAUAAAGAUCCGGAGAGUUUUUUUAAGAUAUUGAUGCAUCUUAAGGACUUAGGACUCAAUUUCCACGUAUCUGUCCUUGGAGAAACCUUCACAGAUGUCCCAGAUAUAUUUUCAGAAUCCAGAAAGGCAUUGGGAUCUUCUGUGUUGCACUGGGGCUACUUACCCAGCAAAGAUGACUAUUUCCAAGUACUGUGCAUGGCUGAUGUUGUCAUCUCAACAGCUAGGCAUGAAUUCUUUGGAGUGGCAAUGUUGGAAGCUGUGUAUUGUGGGUGUUACCCGCUUUGUCCCAAAGAUUUGGUUUAUCCCGAAAUAUUUCCAGCUGAAUAUCUGUAUUCUACACCUGAACAGCUUUCAAAAAGGCUCCAGAAUUUCUGCAAGAGACCAGAUAUUACAAGAAAACAUCUCUAUAAGGGUGAAAUGGCUCCUUUUUCUUGGGCAGCCCUACAUGGUAAAUUCAGGUCUCUGCUUACAGCAGAACCUAGGGAAGAUUUGUGACAGAUGGGGCUAAGUCACAAACUUGCAGCCUAAGGCAGAAUCUGUAGAACUUUCCAGAGUGUGCCCAUAUUUACCUGAUCAGAGAGAAAAGAAAAUCUGCAGAGGAAGCUGAGCCUGGCUGCUUGUCAUAGCUGACACAGAGCCAUCUGCCACAAACCUGUGGCGGCUUCAGAUCUCCAAUCCCUGCCACCACCCCAACUCAAAUUAAAUACAGAUUCCUAGAGACGUUAUGAUGCUUACACAUGUCCUCGGCAUCACAUGGAGGAGACUGUUCAAAAAAAAUAUGUGGCCUGUUGUAUAACCGCACUCAUGUAUCCCAUAUGUGGUGCCACAUUGAAUUUCCGGUUGAAUCCGUUUUUAUCCUUUGUACUGGAUGACAUGGUGCCUGAAUUCUUUCUUUUCGCCGACACGAUGGCAGCCAAACUACAGCUUCAAACGCUCUCACUUGGCUGGGUUUCUACCUAGGUUGCCAGGUUAUCAUUGGAGCCUUCUUGUGUCCUCAGAGGGCCACAGGGCCUGGAAGGAGGAUCAGAAUGCUACUGACUAAUUGGGCAGCCAUCUCGGAAUUGUUUGUGGGCAAAGAGCUGCUUUAGCACUUUUCUUUUAGCAAAUUAAUGACUCCCUGGCACCGGGGUUUUAAGUGAAGGUAUUAAUAAGGAGUCUGGCAGGUAUUCCCAUGAUUCACAGAGUUACAUUUGCAUUUAAUUUAUCUUAAAGAAAGUUGCAAGAUAAACAGCUGUAAUUCAGACAAACAUGGGAAAUACACUAAGUGGGGCCAUCUCGCCCAUAAAAUGAACACAGAGAUACUUGUUUUAAUUUUUUUCCAGGGAUAAAAAUAGAGAAAUAAAAAUACUUCUUAGAAAACAAGUAAUUUUGAUAUAAAUGUUUGUCAAAAAUAUUUGCAUCCAGCUACAAAUAUAAUCUUCUUGAGAUAAAUCACUUAUGAUUCCAAUAGUCAAGCUGGUGUAUUUGUUAAUGUCAAGAUAUUUUGAAUGGCUAGAUUGUAAAAUAAAUUUUUAAUAAAGUGCCCACUGCAAUUUUUAAUUAACAUAUCACAUUUCCAUGUAAGUGUGUACAUCUAUCUGUAUGUUUCUCUCGGAAUACUUUCCUUGUGUCAGAGACAACGAAUACAAUUGUUUCUUUUCCCGAUGAACAAGGAUCUGUUUUGCAAAUGUUUGUGAGAUAUUAUGACAUUUCCAAGAUUUUCUUUGCAUUCUGGAAAGCAGGAGGUAAACAUUUGUAGUCAUUAAGGUAAAGUCUGUUGAUAAACCAUCUUCUGUUUACUGACAGGUAAAUUGUAACUCUCCUAGCUUUUGAAAUGAGUAACUUCUAUAAGCUGUAAAGUGAGGAACAGCCAGGGAGAAGGGGGUAGACAAGGGCCAAGCCUGGCUCUUUGGCUUUUGGAAGGACUGAGUUGUCUAGCAGGCAUCUGAGACAGAGGGGGCACUGGUUCAAAAGUCUGGUAGGACCCAUUUGACAGAUAGCAAAAGUGUAAGCAGGAAAUAGAUCAAGGUAGAGCCCUCGAGCUAGAGGCAGUCUUGCAGAUCAGAAAAAAGCAGCAGUUCAAGGCCCAGGAGGCCAAGGAAUUUAAAAGCAGGGAGAGUUAAGAAGCAAAAACAACAGGUUCUAUCUCUGCGCAGAGUCCUCCCUGACCAGUGUGAGAGCCCUAUGUAUGAUGGAUGUCACAGCACUGGAUUUGAGUCCUCCUCCCGUUCUGAGAAGGCACUGGACAAAUUAGCCCAUAAAACAAAGGGCUCGGGAAUUAUUUGAGAAGUCCCUUCUGGUCUGAGACUGUGAAACUUGCAAUCUAUCGGUUAUGUUCCUUUUGAGUGCAAAAGCUAAUAUAAAAAGGCCUAAGAGCUUUUUAGACUCUUCUCCUGAGCAGGGUUUAGCAUCUAAAGGGAUGCUUCGGUUAGAAAGGUGCCGUGUUAUAGAUAACGUCUCUCAAAACAAUAUUAUACUCUCACAGCCAAGAGACAGUGCUUACUUCAUUAUGUCCUACUAUCCUGAAAAUGAUGAGCUCACAUUUCAUAGUGAAUCGUGUAUUAUAUGCAUAACUAUCCAUAUAUACUUUUCUCACUAAUUCAAGGGAAAACAACAUUAAUUACCAUUCAGAUAGUGCAUCUGAAACACUUAAAUAUUUGCCUGAUUUUGGCAAACACAAUAUCGCAAGUUACCUGUGUACAAAGAUGCUUUUCUACACCCAUAAGCUCAAAUCAAAUUUUGGCUUUAGCUGUGCCAGCAUUACUUAUGGAAUAAAAAUUUGCAAUAAAGUGGUCACUUCUUAAAACUAUACUGUUGGAUUGGUAUUAGUGCAAUAAAUAAGCAAUAAAAACUCU